AUGGCCGAGAUGGCAGCGAAGCAGACAGGCUAUCUCCUUAAGCCAUCCAUAGAGGCUUGUCUUUCUUCAAAUCUUCGUAUUGCGGAUAUAGGAACAGGAACCGGCAAAUUUCUUCAACGCCUCUCCGAAUCAUAUCCCACCGCACUUUUGGGUGGCUUGGAUAUAUCGCCUGCGCUUUACCCACCGUCCGGCACGUUACCUUCCAACAUCAGUCUCAAGGUCUUGGACAUAAAACAACCAAUUCCUAACCAUCUUGUGGGGAUUUAUGAUGUCGUAUACGCUCGGAUGCUGGCCGCUGCAAUACAGCCAAAUGAGUGGGGGAACAUAGUCCGAAAUAUCUCUUAUCUGCUGAGACCAGGAGGCUACCUACAAUGGGAGGAAUACGAUUUUGUCGGGGUGAAGCAUCUACGUGGUGGUUAUGAUUCGCGGGUCGAAACAGCACGAUUCAUGGGCAGAUUAUUUCGCGAUGCACUCAAGGAAAAUUUUGCAUAUGGCUGGAACAUUCUGGCCGAAAAAAUGCAAGCGGCCGGAUUUAUUUCGAUUGAGACUGACAUUGUGAGCUCUGAUAGGGUACCUCAGACAAGAGAAAGGUUAUCGAUGAAUGGCAUGCGAGCUAUCUUUUCAUGGGCACAUUUGAGAACCGUCAAGGGAGCGCCGGGUUCUCAUACAAGGGAGGAAAUUGAACAAUAUGGAAGUGGAAGCAUACUCAGACAUCAAAUCAGGAUGCUAUGUGAGGUUUGA